GGAAACAGAUCCUCGUUCUCCCUCGACAACCGCUGCUGCUAAAAAAUCGCAGAGCUCGACGGGACGGCAACUGGAUUCAGAAGCAGCGACCGGGAGAGGGAGAUCUCCACCGACCGAUCGUCCAUCCAUCCAUCAUGGACAAGAAGGCUGGUGCGGAAAGGGCCUCGGCGGAGGAGAACUGCUCCGGGAAGAAGGCUAAGGUCACGGUGGAGGCCGAGGCUGCGGUGUCCGCGAUCACUCUCAACGUAAACCCCAAGUUGCUGGAGUGCUCUGGUUGUUGCAGCCCGUUGGUUCCACCAAUUUUUCAGUGCACAAAUGGCCAUAUCACAUGCUUAAAGUGCUGCGCCGAUCUGAAGCACAGUAGUUGCGGCUUGUGUGCCUUGGAGCGCACCGGCUGCCACGCCUGGGGGCGCAUCCUCGGCGGCCUCACCAUGCCGUGCUCGUUCCAGGGGCACGGGUGUACCGAGACGAUCCGGUUCACGGAGAAGCUGGCCCAUGAAGAGUCCUGCCUCCACGCCCCAUGCCACUGCCCCAUCGCUGGCUGCCACCCCUACCAUGGCCGGUCCCUGCGCGACCACAUCAACUUGGAGCACGCUACCAUCCAGUACACCCGCGUCACAGCCAGAAGCCUCUACCCCCUGAGCAUGCGCAACGACGAGCCAGCCCGCCUGGUGUCCCUAGGCAGCAGGGCGGUGUUUCUCCUUGUGGUCGACCGGAGCAUCCCGUCGGGGCGUGCGCUGUCGUUGAUCCACCUUGUGAGUGACCCGAUCGAAAAGGAGGAUUUCAAGUACAAGAUCGAAGUGCAUACGCGGAUUGGCAUUCUCUCUGUGUCCGGCAGCGAGACACCGAGCGUCGGGCGGCUGAUGAGGACGCACCAGGCAGGUGCGUUGCUGUUCGUAUCAGACGCCGUGUGGUCUCCCCAGGAUUCUCCCGUGUACCUCGAGCUGAAAUGAAUCUAGAGAAGCUGUAUGCCGUUCAGUUCGAAAACCUUUACUCAAUCUGAUAGUAGAAUUCUGAGACUCCAUUCUAUAUUUGUACUCUUGUCAGCUGUGUCGAUGUGGUUAUAGUUACUAGUAUAUUAUAUUGGAACUGUCGAAGUUGGGUAAUUGGACAAUUUUUCGA